AAAUUAUAUAUGUUGCAUAAAAUUGUUUCUGGACUUAAUUUUAUUCAUAAACAAAAUCUUAUUCAUUGUGAUUUUCAUGAUGGUAAUAUUUUAAAUCAUAAUGAGAGUAAUAUUUAUGUUAGUGAUUUAGGAUUAUGUCAACCUGUAAAAUCAUUUUUGAAAGAGUAUAAGAUUUAUGGUGUUGUACCAUUUAUGGCACCUGAAGUUUUAAGAGGCAAACCUUAUACUCCAGCUAGUGAUGUAUACAGUUUUUCGAUGAUUAUGUGGGAAUUUACAUCUGGAAUACCACCAUUUAACAAUAGAGCACAUGAUAUUCAACUUAGUUUAAGUAUUUGUAAAGGUGAACGUCCUGAAAUUAUUGAAAAUACUCCACAAUGCUAUGUAGAUUUGAUGAAAAAAUGUUGGGAUGAAAAUCUAUUAAAUAGGCCAUCUUCUAAGGAAGUAUUAGAAAUUAUUAAAAAAUGGAUUUAUUGAUGAAGAAUUAAAAUGCAACAUUAUGGAAUUUAUAAAUGCACCAAUUGAGCA